GAAGUUGGAAUUUCAGGAUGCCGUUACCGCUUCAGCAAGGAUUAUUCCAGUCUGCUGUUGAACCUAUGCAAGUUGAUGCCAUUCAGGAAGAAAAUGAUAACACAGAAGCCAGUCAUAAUUAUGUGGUUGAAAAUCCGACAUUGGAUUUGGAGCAAUAUAGUGCUCAAUACACAGGGUUAGCCAAGUUACACAGACUGAUGUUUGUUGCUGACCACUGUCCUUCAUUAAGAGUAGAGGCUUUACGAAUGGCCUUAUCUUAUUCUAUGACUACAUACAAUGCCAAUCUUUAUCAGGUUAUUCAUCAAAAAACACAAGAGGCUAUUACUGCUUCUUCUGUGUUACCUGAUGCUGUAGCUGGAGCAAUCUUAAAUACACCUGCUUUAGAUACACAAUGGAUUGAAACAACAGCUAAAAAGGCUGCAUUAAAAUUAGAAAAGCUUGAUACAGAUUUAAAAAACUAUAAGAGUAAUUCAAUUAAAGAGAGUAUACGACGUGGACAUGAUGAUUUAGGAGAUCAUUAUUUAGAUUGUGGAGAUCUGAGUAAUGCAUUGAAAUGUUAUUCAAGAGCUCGUGAUUAUUGUACCAAUCCUAAACAUGUUGUUAAUAUGUGUUUAAAUGUUAUAAAGGUCAGUGUUUAUUUACAAAAUUGGUCUCAUGUACAGAGCUAUGUCAAUAAGGCAGAGGCCACCCCUGAAGCUACAGAGCAUGGUAAAAAUGGUGGUCAAGCUAUUCAGACUAAGUUAAAAUGUGCAGCAGGUUUAGCUGAUUUAGCCACAUGUAAAUAUAAAUCAGCAGCAAAAUAUUUCUUACAAUCAAGUUUUGAUCACUGUGAUUUUCCUGAGCUGAUUUCUCCCAGCAAUGUUACAACUUAUGGUUCUCUAUGUGCUUUAGCAACUUUUGAUAGACAAGAAUUACAAAAAAAUGUUAUAACUAGCAGUACAUUUAAACAGUUUUUAGAAUUAGAACCACAAUUGCGAGAUAUCUUGCAUCGUUUCCAUGAGUCAAAGUAUGCUUCCUGUUUAAAGUUAUUAGGUGAAAUUAAAGAUAAUUUAUUAUUAGAUAUGUAUUUAGCACCUCAUAUUAAUACUUUAUAUACACAAAUUAGAAAUAGAGCACUUUGUCAAUAUUUUAGUCCAUAUUUAUCAGCAGAUAUGAGGAAAAUGGCUUCAGCUUUUAAUACAACUUUACCUGCACUAGAAGAUGAAUUAAUGCAAUUAAUAUUAGAAGGACAAAUAAAAGCUAGAAUUGAUUCUCAUAAUAAGAUUUUAUAUGCCAAAGAUAUUGAUGAGAGAAGUAGAACGUUUGAAAAAGCAGUAGCUAUGGGGAAAGAAUAUCAACGAAGAUCAAAGGCAUUAGUAUUGAGAUCAGCUGUUAUUAGAAACCAGAUCCAUGUAAAGAGUCCACCAAGAGAAGCAGGCCAAGGAGGAGAAAUGUCCAUAGCACCAGGAACAGCAAGUUCUGCUAGAAACUAAUAUAUAGACAAGAUAAAUCUAAAUCUCUCUCUGUGCUAGUAAAUUAACAUUGUUAUUAUUUUAUACUGAUCUCUGUAUUAUCACUAUAUAACUUGUAUUUAGAGAGGUUUAGAUCAUAUAUCUCUAUAUAGCUUGUCUGUGAUAUCAUAGGACAUCCUAAAGUGCUUAAGUACUAACAGUGUUGGUCAUCUAGCUAUGUACUCAUAAGAUAUAAUAAUUCAAUAAGCUGAUUUCUUGUUUGAAUUUAUUAGAAGAUAGGUUUCCACUCUUAUUUAAUACAUGUAAGAUAAAAAAAAUGAUCCAAACUGCAAAAGCUAUUUAUUAGCUGCAAUUAUAUGAAGGGUAUUUUCUUGUUGAAUUUAGAUGCUUUACGGUCUUUAACAAGUUUAUAUUAACACCAAAUUUUUAUCAUUAUUUGAUACCUGUGCCAUGAAGCAAUAUUGGACUUUUCAAUUGAUAUAUUAACUUUUACAUUGUUUGCAAAAUCAAAUAUAAAGUUUGUGCUUCUAGAGCAGAAGGAGCACUAAUUUUAGUGCUUAACUCACUUUAUGUUGUUGGUCUUGGUAUGUUCUGUAUUGUUGGCAAAGAAUUUUAUGAACAUACAAACCAAACUGUCCACUAUUUAUUCAGGUAAUUUCAUGCUGCGUUCAAUACCUGCUGUGAAAAUAACAUUUACAACUUUCUUGCAAAUCCAAAACUCAUGCGUAAAAGUGGACACCGUUCGCAACUUCAUAACUAUGGUUAGAAGUGUUAAUAUAAUCUUAUAUUCCAAUUCCAAGCUCUUUAUCAACUUUUAUUGAUCAUCAUCAACAAAGAAGAACCAAAUUUGAAGUUCCUGCUAUUUUUGCAUGGGGUCAAGGUGUAGAAGUUGGG